UACCAUAGUUUGCUUAGUAAGGAUAGGUAUACUUGAGAAAAGAUGCUGUGAAUUAAGAUUAUGGGAGAUAAAAUAUGUCGCUCAAGUCACAAGAAGAUUGACUGUAUGGAUUGCAAUGAACUUCCUUUGCGAGCUUUUGAGCAUUCUCGUUAUCUGAUGUUAUUACGUGAGGUUUUUUUUACUCGAAAUGAUUUUGAGACAAUUUUUGUUUUGGUUCGGAGAUUAAGUUUAGCCAGGUAUUGCCGAUCGGGCGGGGUAAAAAAUUCCAUGGUUCUUUACCGGGCAAUCAUUAUCUUUUUUCCCUUACAUAUACAAUUUUAUAACUCUACUGAUUAAAAGCUGUGUGCCGACAUGAAUGAUAACUUCAAACGACAGCGUUCGGUAGAUUCGCGCUCUCCUUCUGAACCUCCUGACUCAGCAAUGAAUACGGGAGCGGGGAAAAAGCGUGUACGAAUUACCAGAGCAUGCGAUUACUGUAGAAAGAAAAAAGUGAAAUGUUACUUUGAGCCUGGACAACCUUGCUCAAACUGUGUGGCACUCGGUAUCAAUUGCGAAUUCAACGAUGGUGCAAAAAAACGGGGUCCUCCAAAAGGUUAUAUUGACGCGUUAGAAAAGAGGAUCAAAAAAAUUGAAGAGACCUUAAAUAGCCCAGCAUCAAUGGCAAUAACUGAACAACAGCUACCUUUUCGUAGAACUCAGUCACCUUCACCAGCGCCCACCAGAAGCAACUCAUUACUUUCUUCAGGAACAAAUACCAGUAACAAACGACAGCAAGGAACAUCUUACGACAAAGUGCAGUAUUUGGGUGAUAUGUCCAGCUUUCAAUUUUUCUCUCAUAAGAUGCACUUGAAUGAAAAGAAUGAUACGUGGAAAGGGCAACAUAUUAGAAAGUUCGGCAAACAAGUGGUGCUUGUUGAUGACGGUAAAGAUGAAGAUGAAAAUGUGGAUAUACCACAAGCUCAACUAUUACCUCAUAUCAAAUCAAUACACUAUUGGAUCUAUUCCGUUACUGGCGUUGAUAGACAUACAAGUGAUCGAUUGUUGAAAAUAUAUUUUGCUAAUAUUCAUCCAGUUUUACCAGUCGUCAACAAAACUCGAUUUCUUCAACAAUACCGAGAUAAAGCCGACACCUAUCCUCCUUCAGAUCUGCUUAAUGCCAUGUUCGGUGCAGCUGCUCGAUUCGUAGAAUGCGAAGCAUUAACUCAAAAAUCGAAAUCCAACCGGUUGCCGGAUUCCGUAUGGGAUGUACCCAUCGGUUGGUCUGACCAAUUUUUCGAACAGGCUCAAAUGAUCAUUUCUCAUUCAGCUUCCACACCCACUAUUUCUAAAGUGCAAGCAACCAUAUUAAUUCAUAAUCAUAGUGGUAACCUGGAUUCUAAAUCAUCGGCAUGUUGGCUACUGGGUGGUCAUGCUAUUCGCUUAGCACAAGGUUUAGGUUUGAAUCGUGAUUGUGAGGAGUGGGAUAUUCCUGAAAGUGAGAAACAGACCCGGAAAAGAAUCUGGUGGUCAUUGUAUGUAGCAGACAGAUUUCAUUCAGCAUCAUUAGGAAGACCAAUCACUAUUAGAGAUGAGGAUAACGAUGUGGGAUACCCCGAUGCUUCAGCUAGUUGGAAGGAGAUUUUAGAUGAACCUGACGACGACGACAUAUCUCUCGAUCUUUCAGACACAGAGCCUCGAUUCCCUUCAGCCAUGUGUAGGCCGAGUCAAACCGCUGGCAAUGUUAAGAUUUAUCAAUUAUUUUUGGAGUUAAUCAAAUUAGCAGAGAUUCUAGGCAGAAUUCUUCAAGGUCUUUAUACACCUAAGGCGAAAAAAAUAGGCCUACAGCAGGGAAGUGAUGCCAUUGUAACACAGCUGGAUCAUGAGUUAACAGAAUGGCGUUUCGGCUUCCCAGAAGCAUUAAAGAAGGCUAAUUUCGAGGAUUUUGAUGAGAAGAAAGGAUACUUGGCGCCUGUAACAGGCGCUGUUUUGUUGUGCUAUUUUAGCUUACUUAUUUUACUUCAUAGACCGUUUAUAGAAGCAUCUGCUAGCGGUCAAAAAGCACGCGUUUCUUAUUCUUCCUUUAGAAUUGGUACCAGUGCUGCCAUACGUGGGAUCCGCAUUGCAUCACAACUAUCCAAUCGAGACUUUCUAAUGUUCCCCUAUUCUUUUAGUUUAUACCCAGUAUUGCAAUGCUGCCUUAUUCUUAUAUAUAAUACUAAAAACCCUGAUAAACGGCUUUCUGCAUCAGCCAAAGCUGAUCUUGUUAAAGGUAUGACAGCCAUUUCCCGCCUGAAGAUAAUGUCAAGCACAGCACGACGACUUCAUCAAUUAUUGAAAACUAUUAUGAACAACAAUGAGAUUGAAGUAUCAGUUCCAGCAUCUGAUAUGGAUGAUUCAACCAGCGUCAGUAAUCGAUCAAGAGAUAAUAGUUUGGAUGCUAUGCAAAUUCCAGCUCAUACCUCGGAUGUGGGGCGCGGCUCUUUGAGACAAAUGCAAAGUCCGUCGCAGCAACACCAACAACAAACCAUGUUACCGCCUCCACCUGGAAAGGCUUCAUCUGUGAUUGUCAAAUCCCCAAAAGAACUGUAUAAUAUUAGUCAACUUCCUCAAUACAUUUCCGAAGUUAUUGCUCCUCCUAAUAUGGAUAGAUUACUAUCUCAAACAUCGGCACCAUCACCUACCUUUAUGGCUGAAGCCUUCAGUUUGAAGCAAUUCGGAUUCAAUAGUAUGAUCGGUGAUCCCAAUCAACUUGAUUAUACUAUGCAAGAUGUGUCUGCUUUCUCUCAAAUGGACGCACUACCGCCAUUGCCCAAUAUGCUAAAUCAACAAUUUGAAAACAUACCCUUACAGCAGCAAUCUCUUAAUACUUCUGCUCCAUCAACACAGCAACAGCCUCAAUCUUUAACAAAUUACCUAUCUGCAAAUCCAUCGGACGCAGCCAGUAAUACAACUACGAACACUACCAAUACCAAUACACCUCCAAUUCAGUCUUAUCCUAUUCUAAAUAACAGUAAUAGCGAGGGAUUAUUCAGAAAUAACCCGAACAAUCCUUUCUUUGGUAUACCCAGCUCCAUGGAUUGGACUGAAUGGAACGAAUGGAAUCAAAAUAAUCAAAGAAGUACCGCCUGGCCACCUCCCUUUUAAGUAACCGCACUUCCCAAAAGCAAUUGUAAUAUAAGAACCCGUCUUUUUUUUUUCUACUGUACUUUGAUUACACAUAUCAAAUAUAGUUGUUUCUUACCUGUAGAACCUGAAAACCAUUAAACCGACC